AUGCAAACUCACUCAAACAUAUCAAUCACACAGGAAUCUAUAAAUCCAAGGGAACAAAUUCAAUUUCUAGUUGAAUCUGAUAACGCCAUUCCAUAUAAUGAAGUUUCCAUGGCGUCAAUCACUAUAGUAUCCGUUUCUCCCUAUUUUCAUAGGUUCCACAAAAUACAAAUCCUUCAUAAAGACAUCCCGUUACAGAUCCGAUGUGAUUCGAUGAGAAUACGGUUUGGAUUAAGCACAAAAUAUCUCGAUCAUGCUGGAAGACCACUCUUAAGUUUUGUGGUGGAUGCAAACUCUCCAAAUCUAUGUGAUCUACUUGAUGCAUGUGAUAAUAUUACUAAGAGAUUCAUAGGUUUUGAUUGCAACUCUGAAUGGAGACCUCUUGUUAACAGAAUGUUUUAUGACUCACCCACCAUUAGAUUAAACUUAAGGACUGAACAUGGAGAUAGUAGAGGAUGGAUGACAGAGAUAUACCAAAAGGAGUCAUCAUCAUCAUCAUCAUCGUCUUUGUCUAUACCACAACUGGUUUCAAAUAGUAGUUAUGAUGUGGCAGAAUUGGAUUGGUUGUUUUGUCCCGGUGGCUUUGUGGACGCUAACUUGUGUUUAGAACCGUAUAACUAUCCAGGAAAUGCUGGAAUCCGUUUAGUGGCCAAGAAGUUAAUUGUUCAUUACUAAAUACUAAUGUUAGGAUUAUUAUUGCUAUUGUUCUAUACUUGUGUUUAUAUAUCGUCAAGAGACUACUGUUAUCAACUUUACAAGCCGACCAAAAAAAACCGAACAAACCUAAUGUAUAAACCAAACAAAAAAAUCCGACCCAACAUAUGUAUAACUUAAAAGAAGUGUGUUUUAUUUUUAUUUAACUUAAAAGAAGUGUGUAUAACAUAUGUAUAUUUUAAAACUUAAAAGAAGUGUGUUUCAUUUUUAUUUAACUUAGGUUAGAGAUUACGAC